GAACCGGAUCAAGAUGGCAGGCAGGAACACCAAUGUUCUCUCAUCAGUGCUGCUUCAAAUCCUGCUGUAUCUCUCAGCAGCUUACAGUGUGUUUUACUUCCUGUCCACCCUUUCCAUGAUCAUCUACAAGACUUAUGUGUUGAGUUAUCCUGAUGACCGACUCGCUCUAGAUGUGUGUCUACUGUUUCUCAUGGCCAGUCUUGAGGUCCUGAGGGUGUACUGGGGGAUCAGGGGGAACCUACAGGAGAGCGAGAGCUACACAGCUUCGAAUCUGAUUGCCGCAGUGCUGCUGGCGCUCUAUUUCGUCAUUUGGCAGUCGUACGUGCUGCGAGCUGACGUCAUCGUCGGCUCCAUCCUGAUCUGCUUGUACGGCCUAACAGGAAUUGUGGGGCUCGGGACGCUGGCGCCCUUCACCAGUGUUUAUUCCUGACCCAUCACAUAUCUGUGGCUACAGCAGACAGACUGUUGGAGAUUUUUAUUGCUAUGCAAUCCACUAC